AUGAACCUGUCUGCGGCCUUCACCUUUUUGGCUCUGGUGGUAACCAGAGUAUAUUCCAUUCCUGCAUUUCCUGGUGCAGAAGGAUUUGGCGCUCAAGCGACCGGUGGCCGAGGAGGUAGCGUCUACGUCGUAACGAACUUAAACGAUUCUGGUAAAGGCAGCCUCCGUGAUGCCGUAUCAGAAUCGAAUCGAAUUGUCGUGUUCGCGGUGGGUGGCCUCAUCACAAUCGAUGACCGUAUCGUUGUUUCCAGUCACGUCACUAUUGCUGGACAGACAGCACCUGGAGAAGGUAUUACGGUAUACGGAAAUGGCGUUAGCUACUCAUCGGCAUCAAACACAAUAACCCGGUACAUCCGAUUUCGCAUGGGCACUUCGGGCGACUCCGGCAAAGACGCCAUAACCAUAGCCAACGGCGAAAACAUGAUUUUCGAUCACGUUAGUGUCUCUUGGGGCCGAGACGAAACGUUCUCUAUCAACGGCGACGUAACCAACGUCACGAUUUCCGACAGUAUCAUCGCGCAAGGCCUGGAGACACAUUCCUGCGGCGGUCUGAUUCAAACAGAUGGAGGUGUCAGUAUUCUCCGCUCGCUGUACAUUGACAAUCAGACGCGGAACCCCAAAGUGAAGGGCGUCAAUGACUUUGUCAACAACGUCGUGUACAAUUGGGGUGGCGGUGGCGGCUACAUUGCUGGAGACUCGGCCGGUCAAUCAUACGCGAAUAUCAUCGGAAAUGUUUUUAUCAGUGGACCAUCAACAUCUGUGCAUCCUUUCACUCGCGGUAACGAGAACUUCCACGCGUAUGUGUCUGACAACUAUUACGACCCCGACCAGGAUGGCACUUCGAACGGCUGGGUUCUGUCAGCGACCACUGACAACUAUUCCGACAUCGACUUCCAAACAUCCCGGUACAACUAUCCGACUGUCGUUACCCUGCUCAGUUCUUCUCAGGUUCUGGCUUCUGUCAGAGCCUCCGUUGGCGCAAGCAAAGUUAGAGAUCGCGUUGAUACAUACCUAAUUGAGACGGAACUUGCGUCAUUAGGCACCAAGGGUGCGCUGAUAUCAGACCCAACAGCCUCACCGAUCAAUGGCCCGGGGCCUAUUGACGGAGGAACAGCGCUGACGGAUUCAGAUGGCGAUGGUAUUCCGGAUGUUUAUGAGUCUGCUCUUGGUACAAACCCAAAUGUCGCAGACUCUGCGACCAUCGCAUCCAACGGUUAUGCCAAUGUCGAGAACUACUUUAACUCUUUGGUGUAA